AUGAGGCCACAUUACCAUCAAGACGUAGCCUACGGUACUCGCAUCAUCAAACUUGAGGGCGGUGAAGAGUUUGUUACACCUAACGUGUUGCGCACAUCAUUGAUCAAUACAUGGACCAUUGCAAAGAAACUGGAUUUCAACCGAUAAGUAAACUCACGAUGUAGAGAGUACUUGAAGUUCAAGAGGCCACACAGAGGAAAUCAUGGCGGGAUCUAGACAAUACUGCUGCUGAGGGAGUGGAUGGUUUUAAGGAUUUUUCCUAAGUUAUAGACGGACUGGAACACGUGGGAGCAGAAAAGGAUUGGUGUAAAGAAGUUCGGAAGAGGCUUCAGGAAAGCAAGUUGUAUUUGAAGUCUAAAUACCGUAAUCACUGCAAAGAGGAUGAAAGCAAAUGCGCCGAUCACUGUAUGUUCUUUGCACUGAGCGAUGCUGGUGACACUGACUUUCAGAGAGCAUGUAGUCACAGUCCGUCUGACUGCAUACUUUCAUUCUUCAUACUGCAUACUGCAUAUGAAGUGCGAGGAUUGUGA